AUGCCACGCUUAUCUCCUGCAGCUGUUUACCGCCACAACUUUGUCAUUCCUUGUCGCCAUCGCAACCACCCUUUAAAGACAACAACACGAGCUUCUUCUCUUCCAAUCGUCCUUGCAGCCAAUGAAUCUCUCUUGGAAUCAGUCCAUUCAGCAGGUGUCCCUUGGUGGGCUACCAUUGUAGGCUUGACAUGCCUUUUGCGAUCGAGUUUGACAUUGCCCAUCGCCGUGUAUCAACAACGCAGUAUUGGACGCAUGAUCGAAUUGGCACCCAUGGUUCAAAGUUGGGGCGAGACACUCAAAACACACGUUACAACUGAAGCGAGAAAAGCUGGAUGGGAUUAUGCACGUUACAACAAGGAACUCCAACGCCAGUAUCGAAGAAAAGUGAAUGACAUUUACAAGCAAUAUGGAUGUCCUCGUUGGAAGUUAUUAUCAUUGCCCUAUGUGCAGAUCCCACUCUUUGUAUCCAUGUCAUUGACCAUACGCCACAUGACCGGGAUGCCGCUACCUUGGUAUGGACAAGUAGCAGAGAACUCGGCUGACGGGAUGAAUCAUGAAGGCCUUGCAUGGUUUACAGACCUUACAGUACCUGACCCAACAAUGACAUUUCCUCUUUUGAUUGGUGCUGGGACCCUGUUGAAUGUGGAGUUGAAUGCUUGGCUAGCCAAAGAUCGAAAAAAGACCCUCACCCAAAAGAUCCUCACCAACGCCUUUCGUGUAUUGGCAGUCGCCUUUGUACCCAUCGCAGCACAUGCUCCCAUGUCGUUAGGCUUGUAUUGGUGCACAUCCGCAUGGUUCAGUGUGGUUCAGAAUGUGGCUUUCCGGAUACCCUUGGUACGACAAGUGCUUAAAAUGCCUCAAUUGACACCACCUAAAAGUAGCAGCAUCACAAACAAAAGUAUAUCCACUAGUACAACAACAUCUUGA